AUGUAUCAAAGUCAUCAUCAUAGUAACAAUAGUUAUUAUAGCAGUAGCUAUAACAAUAGUCCAUCCUUUGGUGAUAAGAUCAAUGUCUUAUUACAAUUCAACAACAUAUCACAAUCAACAAAGAAUGUAUUAGUUAAAGUAUACAACACAUUAGCAAUGUGUUUAGUUGCAGCAGCAGUUGGUUGUGCAUUCUCAAUGUAUAUCUACCAACCAAAUGUCAUCCUUUUAUUGAUUGCUUCAGUAGCUGCAGCUUACAAGUUUGCCUCUACCCCACGUCACGAUACUCAAUCUAGAUUGACACUUUUAUUUGCCAUCAGCUCUAUUAGUGGUAUUUCUCUUGCACCAUUGGUCAAUUAUGCCAUUGAGGUUGAUCCUUCAAUUUUGAUGACUGCAAUCUUGGCAACAUUGGCUAUUUUCGCUAGUUUCAGUGUCUUUUCAUUAUUGACAGACAAGCGUAUGUUCCUCUACCUUGGAGGUUUACUUUCAACAGCUUGCAUUGGUCUCUUUGUUGUUUCACUUGGACAACUUUUCAUUAGAAGUCAAGCAAUCGAUGGUAUCCUUACCACCACUCUUUUAGUUGUUUUAUCAGCUUUUAUCAUUUAUGAUACACAAUUCAUUGUUUAUCGUAUUGAAAAUGGUGAUCGUGAUUAUAUUCAACACACAUUUACAUUGUUUAUUGACUUGAUUGAUCUCUUUAGAAUUGUUUUGAGAAUUUUAAUCAAAAACUCAAAGAGCAAAAAGAAGAAUGACAAUUAA